GUAUAAGAGAGUUAUACUAGUACUUAUAGUUAUAUUUAUAACAUUUAUUAAAAAAGAAAAUAACUUGUGGAGUCUAAAUCUUACAUCCACUUGCAAAUAGACACUCCGAAAACUGACGUCAGUCAGUGACAAGGAAAAUCUGUAAACAUUACAGUAAACUGUAAAGGACAUGUUAUAUCUGCCACAUAAUGAAUAACCAAGCACUGUUACUACUGGUUUUUGCUGGAAUUAGUUUUGCUGACAUAUAUCUGCAUGUUCCACGUGGAUCAAAUAAUCGACUGAAUGAAAAAUCGGCAGCUCGGACAAAUGCUAAUCGCAUGUUUAAUUCAGAGAACAAUAACAGGGGAGGAUAUAAUGCUGGUGAUGCUACAAGUGAGCCAUCCGGACAAGACGAAGGCAAACAGUAUAGGAUGAAAUAUUUUCAAAGUGGUCCAUGGAAGACCUUUUCAAAUGGAGAAGGUCAGAGUUACCUGACUUUGGAGUGGACAAUUCAACAUGGCUGUGGAGGAAACGAGGACACCGACCCACAGAAACAGAACUGUGUGCUUGUCUUACAAUACAUGUGUCAGGACGAUGUCAACUCAGCAACAGGCACUGAAGACACCCUGCGUAAUGGUGUGCAGACAAAGAGACAGGACUAUGAGAAACCAGCCAGCAUGGAAGAAACGGAAACUGCCAAGAAAAAGCGGAAAACUAAAAAUGUUAAAGCUGAACGUGGUCUGCAUGAGUCGUUUGAUUGGUAUGACAAAUGCUACAUGAGGGAGAGAAACAAAGGUUUGUUUACUGCUGAUCAGAAACUGAAGACCAACAAUGGGCAUGGUUAUAGCAGUGCUGUGUACACACGUCAGAACCGCAACGGGAACCAGUAUGGAUAUGAGUGUCCAGAGGACCAUGAUUACUACCCGUACUGGCAUCCAACGCCGUGGAAGGACAUAGCCGUGUUCGCAGAAAACAGCACCAUGUGCAGUCACUACCAAAGUAAGAGUUUCAAUGUACAGCCUUAUGGAGAAUGUGUGGAGUUGUAUGGAGCAGGACGGAGACGCCACUGGUCGCGCUGGAACAACCCCGCAGACUGCGUGAGAAAUGGCAAGCAGUGGGUCGACUUUCACAACUAUUUGGAGAAGGCUACAGAGUUUAAAACUGAGGCAUCGUGUGUGACUGCGAACAAGGCUGGGUUGAAAUACGUCUGGGGAAUCCCCUAUGAUGCCAGUGACGUAAGCAAGAAGGAGUGUCUAGUUCAACUCGACCAGCCAGACUGUGGUGAAGCUCCCUGGUCCAGAUCAAAUCACCUUGGCAAUGGGCGAGAUGGGCAAGCAUUGAAUUACACGUGGAUACUGCCACAUUUUCCAUCUGGCAAAACACAGCGCUGUGUCUUCAGAAUGAGAUAUAAUGUAUCCACUGAUGACUAUGAUCCAUACAACACUGAUUCCAGACACAAUGAUGGCACCACUAACAAGUCUCCAGUGCGCACCAACCCCUACGUUGAAAUAGGUGCCGGUCCCUCUCCACUGCGUCUCGCCAUCAACACUGCACAGUUCGGCCGCGUCUUCCAGGACCGCAGUCACGUAUUCCUGCUGCGACCUCGACCGCCCGCACUGAACAGAGAGAAAAUCUUUAAUCUGAAUGUUAGAGGGAAGCGUGGAAACAUUGUACAGGUGUACCCAGCAGUGGAGUAUGACUUCGCACCCAGCUACCUGAAUAUUAACGAGGGUGACCUAGUUCACAUACAGUGGACAGGGUCUAAUACACACAACAAUGGAGAUCCAGAAGGGGAUGGACAGAAGGGUAGUGAUGGGGAGGGUAAAGCAGGAACAGAUCGUAAUAACCUUGUUCAAAUCCUUGACCGAAAUGAAAACUUUCCAAUUCCAUUUGAGAAAACCACAAUGUGGACAAAUGCAGAGGUGAAAUGGAUCUAUCACAUGGAACAAACUGUCUCACCCAAAGACCUUGCCCUCAGUAUGGCUUCAUCCGGUUACUAUACGUGUAUGACGAGAAGUACCUGCUCGAAGUCGGCAAACAAAGACAGUUCCGCUGAAACAAAGGACGAGUUGAACAAUCUACUAAACAACGCCCCAGCUUCAUAUGAGGGAGCCGUCGUCAAGUUCAAGAAGGGCAUUCAUCACUUCAUAUGUUCUCGCAAUAAUAACUUCACUAAUCGCAGUCAGAAGGGAACUAUCAUUGUCAGAUAAAACUAUUACAGGCUGUAUGUUGUAUGUUAUUUCCAUCAUGUGUUCUCAGAAUAAUAAUGUUAUUAAUUAGUCGCAGUCAGAAGGGAACUAUCAUCGUCAGUUAAAACUAUUACAGACUG